CCCUGUCCCUUUAAGGAAGGAGGCGGGGUGUUUGUAGUGAAUUUAGAGGAAGUGCAGCUGCCUGACAACAGCCUUUUGAAUGGAGACGGAUUCAUCAGAAAUUAGACAGAUCCAUGACUAAUACAUUAAUAGCUGUCGUAAUCUCUGUCAUUUUUGUGUUUAUCAUUAGUCGUUUUAUAAAAUCAUCAUUAAUAAUAAAAGUUUUCACCUCGUAAAUGACGUGCCUGCUUUUUGAGAUUGGGGGAUACAUUACGGAACCUGGCAACCCGAUUUGUCAUUUCCCGGCGCGGGAAAAUCGUAAACAACACACAACGGAAAGAAGCUCUUCGCUACAGUCGUCUAAAAUGACUGACAACCGACAAAUGUACCUUUUAUUUCCUCUGUUUAACUCGCAGUGACUCUUAUUGGAGGAAGGAGAAGCUAAAACAGCGGACAUCAUGGAUCGAUACAAGGAGGUGAAGCUUCUGUUGAAAACCUGGGAGCAGGGGUUUGUCCAGCAUCACCAGAGGAAACCCAACAAGGAGGACAUUGACCAAGCUCCAGAAGACACCAGGAAGCUGUAUAAAGAGUAUCGCAGCUUGAAACAAGCCAAAGAGAACAGCAGCAGUGAUGCAGCUGGCGAACACGCUGAACAGUCCAGAUCUACAGCUAAGGAGUCAGACUGCUGGGGCGCCCAUCUGAAUCGCGGCAUGCUGCCGGCGUCUUCUCCCAGACUGACGUCCCAGGACCGAGACAGUCUUAAGGCAUCGGCCCAGUACUAUGGCCUGAAGCUUAAAAACAACCUGGCUACAGUCGGCAAGGAGAGACCUGUGUCACUGAAGAAAUCAAGCCUUCCUGGUCGGCUGCCUCUAAACUCCCUAAAAGGUGAUGCAGCUGGUCAGACAAACAGCCCUGCUGCUGCUGCCGCUGAUAAGACCACACCCACUGACUCCAAAUUCAGCCCCUUCUCAAUAAGAGGAGUAAAGACUUCCCUGGGUUCCCUGGCUUCAAAGACGCUACAUCCAGUGGAGCCUCAGGAGCAGUUUGAACCUUUCGAACCCGUCAGAGAGUUUAGUGAGGAGCCAUCAGAUGCUGCCAGUAAAGCCAUUAGUUCACAACAUCAAAAUGGAUCUUGUCUAGCUCCCUCUUCAGCCAGAUCCUCUGCCUUGUUGUCGUCAUUGUCUCCCCCACGUAGUGCAGAACCUUUGAGAGAAAAUGCUGGAGCCACAGGAAAGUUAAAUGAAAGUAUAGGAGCUUCAGGAGACAGAAAAGAGGGUUUGGAAACAUUAGGAACUCCACAUCGGGGUAUUGGUGCUUUGAGAGGAAGCCCACAGUUUCGUGGAGGUUUCAGAGGAGGGAUGGGAGCUAUAGGCACCGGAGGAAGGCCCUCUCCUGCCAGCAGGCUGAGUUUUGUUGAUAAGAAGUGGCUAGAGAGGUGUCAGGUGUUUGGAGAGAUGGGGACAGAGGAGAAGCCUGGAGCAGGCAACCAGGAAAGAGUUGAAGGGAGGAAAGAAGAAACAGAAACAGGAAGAGAAAUACAAGGAGGUGAAACUGUAGGAAAAGGAGAACAAGCUGCAGAGAGAGAGAGAAGAGGGGCAUCAGACACGGAAAGAGAUGAAGGCUUUAAGAGCAUGACUAGUGACAAAAUAGGCGGUGAUGGUGCAUCAAAACCUGCUCGACAACCCACCAGAAAAAGCAAAGGAGGAGGGGAUGAAGAAGUAAAAAGGAAGGGAGGUGAAGAGACGCAAAGAGGGCUGAUGUCACCUCCAGCACCAGAAGGCGAUGGUGAGACUAGUCCCAAGUCCAAAGGUACAAAGAAAAAAGGGAGGAAGAGGCAGAGAGAGGGAGAGGACAUGGAGGGAGAGAUGACAGAGGAGGGAGGAGUGAAAAAGAAGAGGAGGAAUGGCAGAAAGAAAGAGGAGAGCUCUGAUGUGAAUGUCAGCCCAGCUCAAGGGGGAGGGAAGAAAAGGAGAGCCAAGAAAAAGGGAGAGGGAGAGGAAGAUGGAGAGAAGGAGAAAGAAACCAAGGCACCAAAAAAGGUGCCUCAGGAGAACUUGUUAGGAGAAAUAGAGGAGGAAUUUGUAAGCAGGAGGAUGUGUCAGACUCAGCCUGUCAGAGCCAGAAGCAUGAAAGGGGCAGAGGGGAACUUUGUGAAGAUAAAUCUCAAGAAGAAGUCUCACGUCAAAGGAUAUGCACUCAGAGGGAUCGCUCUGCGGAAACAGUUGUACAUGCAGAAAUUCCAGCUGAAAGGUGAACGUUUUGGUGGAGGUGGCGGAUAUUUUGGCAGAGGAAGGAGAGGAGGUUUCAGAGGGGGGCUCAGUCGCCAGGGUGACACCUGCUACAAGUGUGGAGGGACUGGACACUGGGCCAUCGACUGCAAGGGACGAGUGGCCCCUCCACCUCCUGCUGCCGAGGACAAGCCUGUUGAAGAGGAGCCGUUUGAACUGCCAACUCUGGAGGAGGUUGCCAGGGCAACAGGAACACUGCAACCUCAGCCGCUUGUGUCAUCUCCCAGUGUUAAAGAGGAGCAGCAGUACCAAGAAAAUGAAGCGGAUCGCAAGCAUAAAGACGAGGUGUUGUUGAAUGUGAUUCGUCCAGACUAUGAGCGGCCUGCUCCUCCACCACCAGUGGAGCCACUUUAUCCUCUGGCAGAUGAUGGAAAAGUCCAGGAAACACCUGCUGAGGUGCAUGCUGCUCUGCAAGACCUCGGCUAUAAGUCAUUUAGACCAGGACAGGAGGAGGCCAUCAUGAGAAUCCUGUCAGGUCUCUCUACCCUCGUAGUCUUGUCAACAGGGAUGGGUAAAUCGUUGUGUUAUCAGCUUCCAGCCUACCUGUACGCUCAGAGAUCAAAUUGCAUCACACUGGUCAUCUCCCCUCUUGUCUCACUAAUGGAUGAUCAGCUGUCUGGCCUGCCAGCCAAGUUGAAGGCGGCCUGUAUUCACUCCAACAUGACGAUGAAACAGAGAGAAGCUGCAGUAGAAAAGGUGAAGUCAGGCCAGGUGUGUGUAUUACUCCUCUCUCCAGAGGCUCUGGUUGGCGGAGGUGGUUCAGGUUCAGGGUGUCUGCCCUCUGCUCAGGAGCUCCCUCCAGUGGCUUUCGCCUGUAUAGACGAAGCUCACUGUGUCUCUGAGUGGUCACACAACUUCAGACCCUGUUACCUGAGGCUCUGUAAGGUACUGAGAGAGCGUUUGGGAGUGCGGUGUUUACUGGGACUCACUGCUACAGCCACACUGUCCACUGCUGUGGACAUCGCUCAGCAUCUGGACAUAACUGAUCAAGAAGGCAUUGCAGUUCGAUCUGCAGCAGUGCCUCCUAACCUGCAUCUGUCUGUGUCCAUGGAUAGAGAGAAGGAUCAGGCUUUAGUGUCCUUGUUGAGAGGUGAUCGCUUUGGUUGUCUGGACUCCAUCAUCGUCUACUGCACCAGAAGAGAGGAGACUACCCGGGUGGCAGCGCUGCUCAGGACCUGCCUGCAGGGAGUGCUGGUGAAAGAAAACAACCAAACCAGCAGCAGCAGCCAGACAGAGAACAACCCUGUAGGACAGAGAAAGAAAGAACUGGCUCGGAAGAAGAUUCGUAAACCACUGAAAUGGCAGGCUGAGUCGUACCACGCCGGCCUGUCGGGGUCAGAGCGGCGUCGUGUCCAGAACAACUUCAUGUGCGGGGAGCUCAGAAUAGUGGUGGCCACUGUGGCGUUUGGCAUGGGCCUCGAUAAAUCCGAUGUCCGCGGUAUCAUCCACUACAACAUGCCAAAGAGCUUUGAGAGCUACGUUCAGGAGAUUGGGAGGGCAGGGAGAGAUGGAGAACCAGCCCACUGUCACCUCUUCCUGGACCCUGAGGGUGGAGACCUCCAUGAGCUCCGUCGUCACAUCUAUGCAGACACAGUGGACUACUACACAGUGAAGAGGCUGGUCCAGAAAGUUUUCCCUCCGUGCAAAUGUAAACAGAUACACCAGAAACAACAGGAACUCAUCAAGGAUGUUGAAGACUCUGAGCUGCUGGAGAUGAUGGAUAUCUGUGAACAGGACGGCAGCCUGAAGCCUGCUACUCAGCAGGACAUGGAGACGUUAUCUCCUGAUUCAGAAGAAUUACCUAUCCAAGAAGACAGAGAUGAAGGAAAGGAGAAGACGGAGGAGAGGAAAGAGGAAGAGGCAGUAAACAGUGAGGGUGCUGGUGGUUCGGUGAAACACCAGGAUGCAGAGGCAAAGUCAGCCAGUGAUUGGCUGAGAGACAAUGAAGAAGAGAGCAGUGAUUGGCCCAGAGAGCGAGUGUGUCACACGCACGAGAGGGCGAUUCCCAUCCAAGAGACUGUCGAGGCUCUGGACAUCACAGAGGAAGGUGUGGAAACGCUGCUCUGCUAUCUGGAGCUGCAUCCUCAGCGCUUCGUCGAACUUCUCCACCCCACUCUGUCUGUGUGUAAAGUCAGCUGCUAUGAUGGACCCAGGCAGCUCCAGAAAAUCACUAAAAUCUGUCCUCCUGUCGCUGUGGUUCUGGCCAGAAAGCGGAUGGCAGGCGAACGAGUGGAGUCGUGUGAUCAGCUGGAGUUUGAUGUUGUUGAGGUUGCGGACACUAUGGGAUGGCAGCUCCCCCUUGUGAAGAGAGGACUCAGACAGCUGCAGUGGAGCACUGAUAGAGCUGGCGGGCGUAGCGGUGUCCUCGUCGAAUUCUCCUCGCCGUCUUUCUACUUCCGUUCCUUUGGUGACCUUAGCGACGGCGAGAUGGACAGAGUUUGUCGGUUCCUCCAUAAUCGAGUGCAGGACCAAGAGAAAACACAGCUCUACCAGCUGACCGCCUGUUUUAAGGCCUUCAAGAGUGUUGCUUUCCAAAGCGUUUUGUCCUGCGUCGAUAAUUUGGAUGUGAGUCGCAGUCUGCAGCUGAAAAACCUUCUGUCUGAGUACUUCGACAAGAGGCGAGACCGAGACCACACGCUCAAACCAAUGGACACAGAGGAGCUUGACAAAUAUAAGCUGCUGGACUGGGAAGGUCAGAUCAGAGCAGACAUCAGGAGUUUUCUUGCCAACCGGAGUGACGAGAAGUUUUCUGGAAGAGCUGUUGCUCGAAUCUUUCAUGGCAUAGGCAGUCCAUGUUAUCCCGCUCAGACCUACGGCAGAGACAGACGCUACUGGAGGAAGUACAUUCAGUUUGACUUCAACCAGCUCAUCAGACUCGCCACUCAGGAGAUCAUUCGCUUCAAGUGAAACAUGCAUACACACACACACACACACACACACAUCUGCACAUGAGUAUCAUGUAUUUUCUUUGUUUUCUACAAUGUUAGUUUUUUGUACAUAUGUUUAAAAAAAUUUCUAAAUGGACCUUAAUUAAAUAAAAUCUUUCUAUUUUUCUA